AUGCAAACCCUUCAGAACCCCCUUUUCGUUCAACUGCUUGCUGACAACGAAAGCGGGACCGAUCAAUUUGUAGCGGUCAUCCUCCCCAGGGACUCUGCGGAGGAUGAGCGGCGUCUGUACCCCAAAGAUGAAAGCGCAGACGUCGCUUGUUUCAAUGGUCCAUGGGCCGAGUCCAUAAUACCCUCUCUCGAGCAUGAAAAGACGCGCAUUGACGGCAGUGAACAUCAAAUUUGA